AUGAGAAUUCUCCUUGCCGCUGUCAUAUUCUCUCUCGUCAUCGUGACAUUUUCGAGGAACAGCGACUCCGACGAAAGCAGUUCGCGCGAAAUCCGACGCGAAAAAAGCUCGGAGAGCGAAGAAGAUCGUAGCAAAUUCUGCCCGCCAAAUGAGAAAUGGUUCCAAUGUGGCACGGGAUGCGAGAAAUCGUGCACUCAUCCACGCCAACCUUCAUUGAGAAACUGCGAUCUCCCGUGCAUUCCAUUCUCGUGCCGAUGCGAACGCGGCUUCUAUCGUGACAAUCGGGGAACUGGCCGCUGCGUGAGACGCUCAAAAUGCAAAAAAUGGUGA